AUGCCUUACGACUCGGCGCUGAAACGCUACCAUAAACUUUUACUGAAACGUCGCCAAUGGACCACCAAGAUUGGUCGUAUCUUGGCGUCCACCACCCCGAUGACUCCAUCUACCGUAAUCCCAACCACCACCACCACAACAGAAGCCCCCACAACUACUACCACUAAGAAGAUGCCAAAGUCAUUGAAGAGUAUUUACUCGACAAUUAUCCCAAAGACCUCCACAACCACCGAAGAGCCCACCACCGAGGCUCCCACCACUACAACUCAGGCGACACCAAGAGUCACCCCUAGACUAGUAGGAAAGCCACGUGGAACAUUCAAGCCCCACGGUACCCGGAAAGGUUGGAGAAUGUGGAAGAAGGUGACCCCAAAGUACGCCGGGAAAUCGAGCGUCACUACUACGGAGGCCCCCGCUUCUACUACUAUUACUACCACGGAACCCAGCACCUCUGUGACUUCUUCUAGUACCUCUACCUCUACCACCAAUAUCCCAGAACUUCCCUUAAUUGAGGAGACCGAGGAGGUGACAGAGGUGUCCCCUACUACUACUACGGAAGAGCCUACAACUGUCGAAGAGACUACCAGCACAACAACCAGUACGACUACAGAAGAGCCCACAACGAAAGGAUCGGACCCAGGACCCACCCCAUUAAGGUAUAUUUGUCGGCAUAAAGCCGGCUCGAACGAGCACGAUCCGUUCAGCGAACGAAGAGCCUCUACGAUUGGACCAUUUAGACCGAUCACAGUUGGACACAAAUGGAAGCCGCUUCGGUUCAAGAAGCCCGAGCCUGUCGACGAGGUGCCGGACAUCACCACGACGAGACCGAAGGGUCUUCGACUUCUCGAGUAUCUUUUGAAGCAGACUGAUACGUUUGCCAAGGGAUUACAGAAGGCGAUUGAUGGUCCAAACACUGAACUUCUCGCCGCCAUCAAGGACGUCGUUGCCAAGUUCAAGGCAAGCUUGGACGAGGCUGGAAUCGACCAGGACGUCCGUCUCAUGGGCAAUCAAUUGAAGAACACGUGGCAACAAUUGAGGACAGGCCUUGAUCGUGGCGUGAAAGCGGUUCGACAGAGUGCUGAGAACUCGGUCACCCACUUCAAUUAUGGCCCACAACAACCACCACCACCCCAGCCUGUUGGUCAGAUUCCGUAUCACCAUCAACACCAUCACCAUCCAGCUGUCCAUCGCUACACACCUGGACCCAUGAAUGAGCAAAUCGGACGACUGUUCGAAAAAGCUGUUGCUGACGCUGCCGACCAGAAGACACAACAACAAAUUCAACAAGUGCAGCAACAGAUCAUCGCUUCAAGACCUUAA